ACAUGGCUCUAAUGCAGUGAAUAUGGAGGUUCCUUCCUACCUGUCCCGGCUCUUGUCUGAGCUGAACGAACAGCGUAAGAGGGACUUCUUCUGUGACUGCAGCAUCAUAGUAGAGGGACGCGUUUUUAAAGCCCAUCGUAAUAUUCUCUUCGCCAGCAGUGGCUAUUUUCGGGCGCUGCUGGUGCAUUACCUGCAGGACAAUGGUCAGAGACACAGCACGGCCUCCCUGGACAUCGUCACAGCCGAGGCCUUCUCCUUCAUCCUAGACUUUCUGUAUUCGGGUCGCCUGAGCCUGCGCAGCGACAACGUCAUCGAAAUAAUGUCAGCUGCGAGCUACUUACAGAUGACCGACGUGGUGAACUUUUGCAAGGGUUACAUCAAGUCAUCCCUGGAGAUCUGUAACAGGGAGAGGGAGAGACACAAGGACUUCAGUGGUAGGGAAAAUCCAGUUUCAGCCGCUAGUGUUCCUGUGGCGUCCACUUCAGAUGUCGACCAAAGGACCUGUCAGGUCACCGGGGCCCUCAGUCCUGACGAUGCCCCAACAGCUGCUGUCUGCAUGCCAGCAGCCACCAGUAGUAAAGACUCGGAAGGGGAGAACUCCCAAGGAGCUUUCCCCAACCAUCCUCCCAUGAAUGCUCCACUGAAGAUCAGUCCAGGCCCAGAUUUAGUCAACUCAUCCACCCCAGGAUUGCUUCUAGGUUUGGUGCAU